AUGAUAAUUUCACCUGUAUACUGCGCAACAAUAAUAAUAAUGGGCCUGUGGAAAGAAGAGUACAUUAAUUCAGAUUUGAUCGACAAAAUCGAUGUAUGUUUGAUGUCAUAUGGAUCAUUGAUUCUUGUUGUUACUUGGCUUAAUUACAUUAUACAGCAGAAAAAAAUUGUAAAUAUAAUCAACAGACUCUACAGUAUUAAUAACAACUUAAAAAGUUGUAAUACAUACACUUUCAAAAGUGAUUGUCGCAUGCAUGUUGUCUUUAUGGUCCAUUUUAUUCUGUGCUUUGUUCUGUUUGUAUGUGAACUAUUCGUUCGGAAAAUAUACGCCGAAGUGUUGUGGUUCGCACCGUUCAUCAUAAGUAGUUGGGUUUUGAUGCAGUACACACUUUUAUUGAUUAUUAUUUCUCAACUGUUUGAGAGUAUUAAUGUCAAAAUAAUUAAAUUUGAGGAUUUAAAUCGUUACCAAACAAUUAAUUCUAAAGUUUUACGCCAAGAAUUCGAUAUUAAGGACAUUUAUUGUAUCAAUAAUGCGAUUAUGCAACUAUGUGACGUUUGCAAUCAGAUCGCGGACUUUUAUGCGAUCCCAACAUUGCUGAUCAUUGUUUAUUUUAUUACAACAACAACAUACAGUAUAUAUUAUGUGAUUUUGUCGGUAUUUUUGUUAAAGGAGUCAGAUUUUAUGAUUCUUUCUACGGUGAUUGGCAUAUGGACUUUCAUUACAGUCGUGGAUAUGGUGAUUGUUACUUUAAAUGUCACCAGAAUCACUCGAGAAGUAAGUUUAAAUAUUCAUCUAAGAAAAAUUCUUCAAAUUUUACUAUUGGAUCUUUUACGUGAUGUAUCAUACAGGGAAGUAAAAUUUACAACUUACGGGGUGAUCACACUCGAUGGAUCUCUUUUACAAACGGUAAUAAUCCUGUUAAAUUUUUGGAACCAUGGUUACUUAUCUAAUUAUUCUUGUCCAGUUUCAU